CAAAAAUCGAAUCGAAUUUUCAGCUUUUUCAGCCUGCUUCGUGUGCUUUGCGAACGAACUGAACUAGUUUCCAGCUCCUGAUUACGUUCUCGUUGGAAUAGUAACCCGGGAAAGUUAACUAGUUUCGAUGUGAGCUACCAGCGUGACCCGGGAAGGUGAAAAGCAAAACUUCGGUCGCUCAAACAUUCGACCGGACGAGCGGAAAUUCAAACUGGGGAAGAGAAAAUGAACCGUGACGAAGAGUUGGAAGCUUGGAAGGAGCUGUACAGAGAAUUGCUACAGGUCCAUCGUGAUUACAAAAGCCGAUGUACAUGCCACAUGAAAACAUUAACCGAUGGGACAGAAGAGAUUGAAGGAAUGGCAGAGAAAGAACAGAUAGAAGUGAUCGAAGAGACUGAAGGAAUCGAAGAUAUCGAAGAGACCGUAGGGAUCGAAGAUAACGAAAUUAUCGAGGUGAUCGAAGAGGCCGAAGGGUUCUGUGAGACUGUAGACAUCGAUGAGCUCGAAAGGAUCCACGAUGCCGAAGGGUUCGACGAAGUCGAAGGGAUCCACGAUAGCGAAGAGAUCGACGAGAUCGGGAUCGAAGAAACCCUAGACGACAUCUCAGAUUGCUCAUUUCCCACCUACUCAAAAGAAGAAUUGCCACCGGACCCCGGAAGAAGUGAAGCAAAUCGUCUGCUUUCCUACGCUCCACCUAAAUUGCCUGUCUGCAGCGUUUAUGAGUUACAGUGUCUCAAUAAUUACUUGAAAACCGAACAAGGGAAGACACUGAUAAGAAAGACAUACUUUAAACAUGUCCCGGCGAAACACGUAAUAGUGGAUAUAUUUUUCGAGAGAAAUUUUUUGACAAAAAUAGAGUUUAGCAAGGCUCACUAUAGUAGGCAAGUAGUUUUAAAGAAAUUCCCCGAUUUUCUCAACUUCUUCUGUGAGCUGAACAAAGAAUUUUACGACUUUUCUCCGGAGAAAACGGAAAAACGAAUGAAAGGAACACUCCAUCGGGCACGCAGGGGAUUGAGAAAGUAA